GUAACAACGCAACGAAUUGCACGUAAACAAAAUGCGCGAGGAGUGUGGGGAAUAGGCAAGGGGAAUAGGUCGGAUAAUUUCUAUGGCGGGAGAGGUUCAACUUGUUCUCUAUAAAUUCGAAAUUGGUUAGAACGCUGGCUUUUGACAAGUUUGAUAUUGAUACACCCUUUCACUUUACGCUUACCACUGUUCUGCUCAAGUGUGGAAAAACUCAGAAGCAGAAGCGAAAGUCAAAACUGAAAUUUAAAUCAAAAUGGAAAGGUUGAAGUGUUGCCAAUCCUUUUAGUUCAUGGUUCUACUACUUGGCCAGACUUUUGAAAGGACUGUACUAUCAAAAAAGGUUUGAAGUUAUGUCUGUUUCACAUCCUCUUCUAAAGGAGCUCAAAAAUUACGUGCUGACACUGACAAAGGACUCCCAAGAGCGCAAUGAAAUUCUGGAUGACCACCCAUCCAUGCUUCCAUUCUGUGAGGUGCUGGAGAAGAUAUUCCGAGAAGGUCUGCUGGGCCCUGUGUUCACCCCAUUUGGAGCCACCAAGAAGGACUACUGGUCUGUGAUGGAGUCAGUGUACCAGGAGAGGAACAGCGUAUCGUCCAGUUUCCACCAUGCCGUGGAGGCCGUCCAGAAGAGCCAGCGGGUGCACACACAGCAGGGCCGAGGCCGACUCUUCAUACGGUGUGCGCUCUUCAAACGCUGCCUGCACGUCCCCGUUGAAUCGCUGAUCCGCUGUGGGCGGGCGUCUUCCCUGUACGACCGGCGUGACUCUGUGAUCGGCCAUGAGAUCCUGGCAGAGAUCUGUCUGUCUCUGCUGCGCCAGGUGUCACUCAUCAAAUUCCGAUUGAACCUGCGUAACGCCUGUUUUCUGGACGAGACCUGGCUGCUGCCGCUCUACCGGCGCUUCGAGUUCGUUCCCUGCGAGAGGCUCGGCGUCAAAUUCGGGUUCUGCAAGUCGCGGGUACUGGUGGUAGACGUGGAGCCCAACUCGGUGGCCGCCGAGGAGGACAAUAUCGAGCCCGGUGAUAUAGUGGACGAGCUGUAUGCCGAGUGCUGCUACGGAAUGCGCCGCGGCAGGGUCUCGGCACUGCUGAAACUCUACCAAGGCAUGCCCAUCUACAUCAGCGUGGUCAAGUGUCACUCUGCCACGGGAGACCUCUACCCACCGGCCAUCCCGCUGUUGGAGUCUCUCCGCCUGGACCUGGCCCAGCUGACCGCCGCCUACCAGUCGCGGGCGGCGCAGCGGCGCCGGCUAGCCGCCUCUGCCGACCGGCUCGACCGUCUGCCCGACGAUCCGGAACCGCCCGACGAGAAGGCGCCCUACUGCGCCGGAGCGCCCGUGACCUACCUGGGAGCGGGGUUUGUCGGGAACAGAGGAGACGUGACGGUGAUUGAGAUGGGGGUGGAGAAUGUGCUGAGGAACCAGCCGCAGACGCAACAGGUGCAGCUAGUGCUCGGCGAGAUGGGUGUCACACUGGUGGACCGGGCCUCCGGAGAGGUGGUGCGGAAACACAGCUACACGGAGAUCGCCUCCUGCGGACGGCGCAACGACCGACUCCGGUACUUCGCCUACGUGGCCGGUGAGACGUCGUGUAACAUGGCGCGCUUCUUCUACUGUCACGUGUUCGAGGCGCUGGACGAGCAGCAGGCCAAGGACGUGCUACACGGCAUCGCCGAGGGUUUCCGCAGGACGCAUUUCGCCGUGUAGCAGCCACCGAAACUGCACCGAACUUCACACCAUGUUGCCUGAAACACGUCCGAACGACGGACAGGCAGCAGCUCAGUAGAAUCUCACGCCGGGGUGCCUCGAAUUGCCGGUUUUAUACCAGACGCAAGCCACCAGGUGAAGGAAACGUCAGUAUUUGCUUUCCUUCUACGCAAGAGGGGACGACGAAGUCCGUCCAGAGGCUACCUUGACCGGCAGAAUAGUGUAACGUGGCGGACGUUGAUUGGCUGAUGAUGGGGAUGAAGCGUCCUGAUUGGUCGCUUCUGGUGUAAGUCCGCCAAGGGGUUGAUGAGGGAACACUAGUGAUAUCGAAGAAGACCGAAGUAACGAACCAUUCCGAGACAAACAUUCGAACUGUGCAAAGCAGCCUCUUCCGAGUCAAGAGGCAUCGACAAAGCGCGAAGCGGUGAUAGCGUUUAAACUAGUGGUGUCAAGAGUGGGGUGAUUAGUUUAGCAAAGCUGGCACCAUCUUUGCGUAACGGACUCACCGCUGUUGUGACAGUAUUUCAGAAGGAUGUGACACGGGACAUCAAGUUCACGACUAGUCACGGGGGCGAUUGAAUGCGAAGGGUUUAGCUGUGGAUGAGAGGCUACUGUGAUUUAUAACCAUUGGUGAAAACUGUGGGAUAGACAGAUACGCACAUUUACACGCACGGGUGACUGAUUUUAGGGUCUAGUGACUGACGAAGCUUUAAUCGCUGGAAGCUAAUAGAAGGGGUGAUGCGUAUUUUAUUUGGUGCAUACGCUUAAGAAGCGAGUCUUACACGUUAUUUUAUUUUCGGGUGGUGUGUUUAAAUAACGGUUUGUGUUAGCAUUCCGGGUAAAGCAUAGUUUAAAUAUAGCGGGUUAUAUUUAUUUUUAUGCUUAUUAGGAUGCUAGGUUAUGCUUAGUUGGUUGGGUGUUUGGUGAAGUCCAUUGCAUAAUUAUGGAACAGUAUUUUACGCUGGUAUUAGGUGUAUACAUCGCCUUUAGGUGUACACAGCGCCUUACGCGAUGUCCCGUUGUACGUUUGCUAAAUCCCGCUCAGAUGAGGAUCAUGCGAAUUCUGUCGAUUUACACGCUGUCAAAAUAGCAGUGAUUCUGCUCUUGUUUCCGGAAGUGUAUUUCGCCGUCUAUUAUUAGCCUACUCUGAUGUUUAAAUUUGUCAGUUCCAUGUUAAAAUCGACAUUGUGGGGUUUUUCGCUAGCCGAGUGCGCUCUUUGGAUCCCCAGUUAUGAACCACUCGUGCUUCCUGAUGUUUCUGCUCAGUAGGAACUAGGAAGCUCCGUGCGUCCGGGCUGCAACUUGAAAUGACUGAAUCUCCUGCCGCCGCGGAGCUGUGACGUCAGAAGGGGUACUGUUCUCGGUAUGACGUCACCGAGGGUGCUGUGAUAUUGGCGAUAACGGAUAAAACUGUGUGACGCUCGAUCGAGCAGACGCUCCGCAGCUUGGGCCUUUGUUGGCCUUGGUGCACCGUUUUUGCACUGAAUUUGAUUUCUGAACGUGCUUGCACUUUUUGGCACGAUUAUAAAUCGUCGAAAUUGCGUACACAGCGAUCACUAUAUGCACCCCGUGUGUAAUAGAUCAAAUAUAUGAGUGAAAGCCUUA